UACCUGUUAUUUUAAUUUUUCUCUCUAUAAUUUUCCACGUAUUAUAUUUUUUCAUUUAAAUAUACUCUUGAUUAACCUCAUUUGAACUCUCCAAUUUCUCUAUCCUGAGAUUCUACACAGAAAUACCAACUUUUGACAAAAUCAUUUAUUGCAUAUAUUUCCCACUGAAAAUUCACGUAAUCUCCCUGUAUUUGGUGUUAUUAUAUUAUUCGGUGGCUCCAACGUCUGAGACGCACAUGUUGUUUUUGAUCUUUUAAUUUCCAGCAUUAUGACAAAAAUGUCGACACAUUUAUUAUUACAUUACACGUUCAAUUUCUCUUAACUACUUCCAACUAAUCUACACAUCAGUAAUUUGGCUCAAAAAAUUGCGUCUUUAUUUUGCAGAUUUCCAUAACUUUUUGUAACAUAGCAUUUCAAACUUCAACAGGUUGUGUCAGUCCUCUUACAUCUAGACAUUUUAAUUCUAACUAAAUGUCCCAUCUUCUAUGAUUUUUACUAAAUUUAAGUUUAGUGUGUAAGUUAAUGUAGUAUUUCUCAAGCUUUUAUUUGUUAAAGGAAAAAAGAUCCAAAGACAAUAAAUGCAGUAUAACAAACCUCUUUACAAUGUGUAAAGUAGAUUUAGUAUAAUUUCAAAACUGUACAAUAGAUUUUCAAUAAUUUGAAUAAUAAUCUAAUACAUUUGUGUAACAUAACUUGUAAAAUACCUGUAAAGUAAGUGUAAAAUAAUUGUUAAAAACCAAAAUUUCAAGCUUAAAAGACCAGUAUACUGUGUUAAAACAUUUAUAAUAAAGAACUAACAGUAUAACAGUUUAAUAUUUGAUGUUUAAAUAAUUAUUUUUGAAGAUAAAGAAUUGUUGAGAUAAUGGAAAACCCACAAAGAACCUCGAAUAACUCAAAUAAGACAGAACCGGACCAAAACAGAGAUAUACAAGACUUUAUAAAUGAAGGGAUUUCAAAUAUCAUUCUUUCAAAAUCGGAUUACCAUGGAGAAAACAUGACGAAUUUGAAUAAGGAAGCCUACGAUAUAAACUCCAAAAAUAGCUAUUAUAUGAAUUUCUCGUCUAAAAAUGAGGAUACGAACAAGUCUUCUAUGAUUCAUGCCGACGACGCCAUCGACUUAAUGACAAACGGAGACAUGUCAUACACCCGGUCACUCGCUAAAACUGAAGUUGAUGGAAACGACAUGAACUAUGUAAGGACAAUGGACAGUCAACUGUUGGUAUUUGGAGAUAAACUUGACAACUUUGAAUCUAGUCUGGCUUAUCAGUUUGGAAUCAUUGAUACCAUCAAAAGUGCUCUUGGAGGAAACCCAAAUGAAAACUAUUAUGACCUGACUAUAAGUAGUCCCGAUAGUAAUCAAAUGAUAAUAACUAGACCAGAUUUUCAAGAUGACAGGAGUGAAAGGGUUUCUAAAGAUUUUUCUAAAGAACUAACCUAUGGAGAGCAUAUCAUCUACAACAAAAUUGAUACGCUCCAGAAAAUGAUAAAGAACAUGGUAAUGACGAUGCAUGAAAAGUAUAACGUUGACUCCAACCUGAGAUAUGAGGCGUUCCUGAAGGAUAGUGGAAAUGAAUCAACUUACGACUUCACGUUGGCGCAGAUGUUCUCUCAGAAGAGUCCCAGAAGAUCAUUCUUAAAGCUUCUAGCGUCUCAUGGAGUUAUAGGUUCUUUUUUCGGAUCCAACGGACAUCGGGUCCAGGCUCUACAACAGGAAUUUAGUGUAAAUGUAUCAGUCACUACUAAAAGAAUACAUUUCCCUGGCUCUAAUAAUAAGGGAGUUCUACUAAUCAACGGCAAACUCUACAAUAUUCUUAAGGUUCUCAGGCCUCUCUACAGGGCUAUUCAGGAGGAGGUUAUAAGGCUCUUAAUAGAUGAAUCUGUAAGAAUUGAACCUUCUAAAAUAAGGCUUGAAAUUGAAGUUCUGAUUCCAGAAUCACUCAGAUUCACCAUGGAUCGGAACAAGUACUUCAAACAAAUAAUGGACAUGACUGGAGCUAAUAUCAGGGUUAUUAAACAGACUUAUGAGGAUGGUCCGGUACAGGAACGGGUUCUUGUUCUAUUCGGGUCUCAAAACGAAAUUGAGUUGGCACUAGAAAAAAUAGCUCUCAUGAUCCAGGAGGAUUCUGGGUUCAAACAUUACACUUAUAUGAACUAUCCUGAGCUCACAAUUGCGUUAAAUGCAAACGACCAGGCGCUCAGGUACUAUCAGAAGAAAUUCGAGUGUGACAACAAGUUUAAGAAGAAAUUCUCAACUUAA